CAUUAACUUAAAAGUAAUACGUCUUAAAUUGUUUUUCAAACGUAACUUUUGUGUACAUUUGCUUUCGUUUCCUUAUUUGUUUUAUAUUACUGAAAAGCGUUGGUCUAGUUUGAAAUGGAUAGAAAAACGUACUUCUUUCAAUUUCUGAUUGUUUUUGGUGUGCUGAUUCUUACUAAUGGACAAAUUAUUGCACAAGAGUCUUACGGAAGUAGAAGAAUAAUUUCACCUGGACAUCCUCUAGGUCUGGGUCCAUUUGUUGAUUCAUACUCACAAGGGUCUGUUAUGAGCAGUAGAAGAAUCACAGGCGAUCCCUACGGUAAUCCUUACCCCGAUCCGUACAUGGGAGGCGGUGUUUUACCAGUUGGAGGCGGUAUGAUGCCUGUUGGGGGCGGUGUUUUACCUGUUGGAGGCGGUAUGAUACCUGUUGGAGGUAGUGCGUUACCAGUUUACCCAGCAGAAAAUUACCCGGUAGGCGGUAUGCUUGGCGGCAUCUUUGAUGGAAGACGUCACCCAUCGAUUGUCGGAGAUCGGUCAAGUACUAGCGUUCAGACUAUAAAUGUAUCAAACAAAAAUAAUAAUCAUCGCUUUCAGACAGGAUCUGGUAAUGUCGUCAUAAAUCAAGUUUCAACUAACGGAAGAAGUUGUUCUUGCUAUGUUGGAAUGCCUGACCAAUGUUACCCACAAGUGUGUAUCCCGGACAGUAGUUGUUCAGGUGCAGGAGGCAAUGGUAUAUGCGGUAGCGGACAAGGAAUUAUGAUGAUAUAACUGUACAUUUGUUACCUCAAUAUAUAAUGUGUUACAGGUCA